AUGCCUCCAGUCUUAUUCCGACAAUACACAUGGUCUCAGAUGCCCGCUACUGUCCUCACUUUCCCAUUGACAAUGUACAGAUUCGGUCAAUGGUGUGUCGAUAAUCAACGCAAUACGUACGAACCGGAUGUUCUGGUCCCAAGGGGAGAGGUCAAGACAGGUUUCGUGAUCAAGGGGGAAUGUGAUGAGUCUUUCAUAGCCCCUGAUCCCGUCAAGCGGUUUGAGGUGGAUUAUAGCGGGCCUUGGAAGCCACGGGAGGAGAGGGAUAAGAGUAAAGAAUAG